AUGACGGAUCAAGUCAUUCCUUCGAAAGAUGAUUAUGAGUGUGAAAUGGAUGCAAAAAGUGAUGGUGAUAGUGAUGAUGAUAGUGGUGAUGAUUGGGAUGAGGUGACAGAAGAUUUUGAAUCUAUACCGUGCCUUUUUUGUAAUGAAGUUACAAACAAUACCUCUAUGGCAUUAGAACAUCUUGUAGCAUCACAUAGAUUUGAUUUAAAAAAUUUUAUAAUGAAACAUUAUUUAGACACUUAUUCGUACAUUAAGUUGAUCAAUUUUAUCAGACAUAAAAAUGUCUUGCCUGAUCAGUUAAAUGCAUUAAACAUAAAAACAUGGGAGAGUGAUGAGUAUUUAAGGCCUGUUAUAAAAGAUGACCCCUGGUUGAUGUUUGACAUUGAAGAUUUAGAAGAGAAAACAACGAAGCCUAUUGCAUAUACAGUAAAUUCUGAAAAUGGUUGUGUUACAUUGUCUGAGGCACAUUUUGCUGAAUUACAGAGAACAAUACAAAGACUUAGAGCACAGUUGGAACAAGAUGAAUUAGCAUGUUACUUGGCAAAACAGCAAAUAGAUGAAAUGGUAGAAAAAGCACAGAAGCUGGUCCUAGAUGGUGAUUUAGAUGAAAACAAUACUGUUAGUCCUUCUGGCAAUUCUAAUUGUAAUGUUGACAAAGGUUACUUUAAAGCAUACAGUCAUUUUGCCAUACAUCAUGAGAUGUUAACUGACAAAGUACGAACAGAAAGUUAUAGAGAUGCAUUAUUAACAAAUGCAAAUAGAUUUAGUAAUUCUGUGGUACUGGAUGUUGGUUGUGGAACUGGCAUUCUGUCUAUGUUUGCAGCAAAAACUGGAUGCCGUAAAGUGAUCAGUGUUGAUCAAUCAGAUAUAAUAUAUCACGCAAUUGAUAUAAUUAGAGAAAACGAUUUGGGUGAUAUUAUUACAUUGCAAAAAGGUCGUCUUGAAGACAUUAAUCUCGACGAAGAUAAAGUAGAUGUGAUUUUGUCUGAAUGGAUGGGUUAUUUCCUUUUAUUCGAGGGUAUGUUAGAUACAGUGAUAUAUGCCAGGGAUCACUAUUUAGCUCCUGGUGGAAUACUUCUUCCUAACAGAUGUACACUUAGCAUUGUGGGAAGUGGAGAUACUAGAAGAUACGUCAAACUCAUUGAUUACUGGUUGAAUGUGUAUGGUUUUAAAAUGAGUUGUAUGAAAGCGGAAGCUGUACGUGAACCGAAUCUGGAAAUUUGUAAAGUCGAUGAAUUAAUAACAAGCACUGUUGAAAUUCAAUCGUUCGAUUUGUAUAAAGUAACAAAGGAUUGUGUGAAUUUUUCAUCGCCAUUCGAGUUCAAAGUAAAAAAGACUGGAUCGUUAACAGCGAUCGUUGGCUAUUUUGAUGUCUUUUUCGACUUGGACAAUCCAGUUCAUUUUAGUACAGGACCACACUCAUCCCCGACGCAUUGGAAGCAAACAGUAUUUUCAUUGAGUGAGCCUAUUAGCAUUACAGAGGGGGAAAUUUUACGAGGUAAACUAAUUUGCCGUAGACAUGUUACAAAUAUCCGAGCGCUCAUGGUUAUAAUCCAUAUUAAGAACACUAGCCAAGUUUAUUGCUUAGAAUAA